GGAAAUAAAACUUACUAUACAAGAAUACCUUAAAAUGGGUGUAUGAUCUCUCAUAGUGGUCUUUGCUACAUCCUAAUUUCAGUAAAUGCAAAACAAGAAAAGAUGGAGAUUUAGGCAAGGUUUUCAGUGCUGCCCAAACCAUUACAUGGCUAAUAGUCCCUCUAAUUUCAGUUUAUUCUUUCUUUCUUUCUUUUUUUUAGAGAUUUAUUUAUUUAUUAUACAGUACACUGUAGCUGUUUUCAGACACACCAGAAGAGGGCAUCAGAUCUCAUUACAGAUUGUUGUGAGCCACCAUGUGGUUGCUGGGAUUUGAACUCAGGACCUCUGGAAGAGCAGUCAGUGCUCUUAACCGCUGAGCCAUCCCUCCAGCCCUUAUUCUUUCAAUAAUAGAUCUUUGUAGUGUCUUUUGUGGUUGUUCACCUCCACUUGAGAAGAACAAUAUACUUCUAUGUGCAGAAUUUUAAGACUUUUAAGGUCCAAUUUUGGCUGGGUGUGGUCACUCACAACUUUAAUCCUAUCACAGGUAGAGGCAGAGAGAUUGCCAAUAGUUUGAUGCCAAAUUGAUUUAAUAUCUGAAACUUGAAGUGACUGACAUUUUGCUAUAAUCUGGUACACUUUGUUCCCACCAACUUAUUUUGAAUGUGUUCUUGUAUAAAACUAUAAAAAUUCAAAUAGUCUCUUCCACAGUAACAGUGAUUCAGGGUAAACUCCGUAAAUGUUUCUGGGUCAAGAACACUUGAGUUUGGUUCAGAAUAAUCUCUCUCUCUCUCUCUCUCUCUCUCUCUCUCUCUCUCUCUCUCUUUUUCGGAGCUGGGGACAGAACCCAGGGCCUUGCGCUCUACCACUGAGCUAAAUUCCCAACCCCAACCUCUCUGUUUUUUAACAUGUUUUGUAUCAACAAUUCCUUGAAAAGCAUGAAGUUGAAUUAAAUGUGGACAUACUGGCAUGGCAGUCCAAGCCUGUGAUUUUAGCACUUGGUGGAUGGAGGCAAGAUAUUCAGUAGUUCAAGACCAAUCUUGACUUUGGCAAGUUUUGAGGCAAGCCUAGAUUACACAAGACUUUGUCUCAAAACAAUCAGCAGCACCACCUUCAUGAAAUGUUGUCCUUGAAAAAAAUAUCUCUUAUCCGAAGUUCUAUAUUUCUAUUAGAGAAUUGCCACAUGACCCUAGUAGCUUAGAUCCUCCAGGUAAGAAAGAGCUGAUAGGAUUUCAAACAGGAAAGGUUCUGGAAGCUUAUUCUAUUUUUCAUUAACCAAUGACAGCAGAUUCACUACAGGGUUCCCUCUCACUGCUAGGCAAUAAAGUAGAUUUGUCAUGAAUUAUGUCUCCCAGUCAAGUUGUGCAGUUCCUCUUUGGUUGAAUUACAGCCCUCUUUUAUUGUUUUCAUGGUGAUGUGUGUUAAAACUGACUUGGAUCUGGCAAAGCCAGAACUCUUCCACUGAAGUUUAUGCCCAGCCUCAGGUAUACUGAACCUGUGAGAGGUCACAUUGCUACAUGUUUAUGUAAUACCAUCCUAAAUUUGUUUUCAAUAAAAAGUUACUGGCUUUUAACAUCUAAAAUCAAAUCAAAACACCACCAAAAAAACUCGAUUCAUAGGAAGUUCUUGUUAUAGUGGUGACUUCAAUUUAAAACACUGCGUUUACUCUGGUUCUCCCUUAUGCCUUAGCUGAUUAACUUUUUCUUUCCAGUUCUGGAGGGAUUAACACUACACUUUUCUCUGUAACUCUGAACUUCCUAUGGUGAUAGACUACUCGAAAGCAUGAAACACUUUUGUUUUUGAGAUAGGGUCUUUCUUUGCCAUCAAGGCUGAAGCCCCUCCCAUCCGGUCUCAAUCUUGCCUCAAUCUUCCUAGUACUGACUGUUAACAGGAGUGAACCACCACGCCCAGCUAUGAACUUCCACUUCUCAUCUUGGCUGCCCUAGAUCAACUACCGUACUCAGAUUCGGUUGGUCCCGUUGUCCUUCAGGGUUAUAGUUCCGGUGCUUACCAUAACAACACUUCGAGACAAUGGUGUUAGGGUUUGGGUGGGCUAAACUAGUUUCUCGUCACUUCCUCUACGGAGGCGGGAUUUCCGGUCUACGGAUACUUCCGCCUAGAGCCGAACGCUCAGGGUGCGUGAGGGCCUCUGGGUGCUGACAGACCGGCUGAAAGAAGGUCUCCUAUUUUGAAUUCCUGCUAUCUUAGAAUGAGUGACAUCUUGCCAUUAGAUGUCAUUGGUAGAAGAGUUGAAGUUAACGGAGAAUACGCAACAGUGCGCUUUUGUGGUGCUGUUCCUCCUGUGGCAGGACUCUGGUUAGGAGUUGAGUGGGACAAUCCUGAGAGAGGAAAGCAUGAUGGGAGCCACGAAGGUACUAUGUAUUUUAAAUGCAGGCACCCAACAGGAGGCUCUUUCGUUCGUCCAAACAUAGUUAAUUUUGGAGAAGACUUUCUUACUGCCCUUAAGAAGCGCUAUGUGCUCACAGAUGGACCUGAUGAUGAUGAAAAAUCGUGUUCCUUAAAAGUCGGAAGUAAACAAGUGCAAACUAUUGGAUUUGAGCAUAUUACAAAGAAGCAGAGUCAGCUGAGAUCACUGCAGGACAUUUCCCUGUGGAAGUGUGCCGUGAGUUGUGCUGGUGAACGAGGAAGAAUUGCUGAAGCCUGCCCCAAUAUUCGAGUUGUAGAUUUAUCCAAAAACUUGUUGUCAACUUGGGAUGAAGUGAUUCUUAUUGCAGAGCAGCUCAAAGACCUGGAGGCUCUGGAUCUCAGUGAAAAUAAACUGCAGUUUCCCUCUGACUCACCAACUCUAACUAGAACAUUUUCUACUCUGAAGACUUUAGUCCUGAACAAAACAGGAAUAACGUGGACUGAGGUGCUGCACUGUGCCCCUUCAUGGCCAGUCCUCCAGGAACUUUACCUCAAGUCUAACGGUAUUUCCAUUUCAGAAAGGCCAGUGAAUGCCCUGCAGAACCUGAGGUUACUAGACCUUUCUUCCAACCCAUCAAUUGAUGAAAGCCAGCUGUGCCUGAUAGCAUAUCUCCCAAGAUUAGAACACCUACUCCUUUCUGACAUUGGACUUUCUUCUAUACAUUUUCCAGAUGCUGAAAUUGGGUGCAAAACAUCCAUGUUCCCGGCCUUGACGUACCUCAUAGUCAAUGACAACCAGAUAUCAGAAUGGUCAUUUAUCAAUGAGCUGGAUAAAUUACAGAGCCUGCAGGCCCUGUCCUGUGCUAGAAACCCUUUGACCAAAGGAGACAAAGCAGAGGAGAUCAUCAUUGCCAAGAUUGGUCAGCUGAAGACCCUGAACAGGUGUCAGAUUCUUCCAGAGGAAAGGCGUGGUGCUGAGCUUGAUUAUCGAAAAGCCUUUGGAAAAGAAUGGAGAAAGGCUGGUGGACACCCAGAUCCAGACAGAAACAGGCCAAGUGCAGAGUUUCUCUCGGCCCAUCCAAGAUACCAGCUUCUCUGCUGCAAAUAUGGUGCACCUGAAGAUGAGGAGCUCAAAACACAGCAGCCAUUCAUGCUAAAAAAUCAGCUACUAACACUGAAGAUAAAAUGCUCAAAUCAACCUGAACAACAAAUAUUAGAAAAGCAGUUGCCAGACUCCAUGACAAUUCAAAAGGUAAAGGGACUGCUGUCACGUCUUCUCAAGGUUCCUGUGUCAGAACUUCUGUUGUCCUACGAAAGUUCCAAGGUACGUUGUAAGCAAAGACACAAAGCUAAGCUUCGUUCUCCACAGUACUGUGAGCCUUUCAUAACACGUUCUAAAUGGAGGCAGCCUUUGCCUUCACAACUCACCUGCCAUUGGAGGGUGACGUGAAUAAUAACAUGCACCCUGUCCUUCUACUCCCCAUUUGAUUCUAAUUUUAGAUGCCGGGCAGAGAAAUCGAACUAGAAAAUGACCUGCAGCCAUUACAGUUUUAUUCUGUGGAGAAUGGAGACUGCCUACUGGUGCGCUGGUAGCAGGCCAACCGUGAGAGUUAAGGCUGGAAUGUGUACACCAGAAACAGAACCUCUGCCCUCACAAAUGAUGUUGUUUUGUUGGGAAAAGACCAUUCGGUUGUUUAUUAAUAGAAUAAUAAAGGCUUUGAUUACUA